AUGACAUCCGCUUCGCGCAAGGGUCCCCACCCUGUCCUCGUUCAAGAUAUAUUCGACGAAAUCCUGGAUUACUGCUAUGAUCCCGAUGCUCGUGUUGGUAGCCUCAUCCAGAUGCGAGCAUGUUCAUCCGUCUGUCGCUCGUUCCGGUCGCGCUACCAAAAACACGCCUACUCUACGAUCAAAAUCGACAAGAAUGACGGACAAAGAACGAGCCUUUUGCUUGAUAUCUUUGAAGAGAUCCCCUGUGUGGUUUGCCAUGUCUUCGAAUUAGAAUUGGAACUCGAUGAGGAGGGCAGGGCCUGGUUUGUCGAGGACCAGGGUUUUCUCAGCAUCAUGGCGUGCGUUUAUCAGCCAGGGUAUAGCUUCAAACGACUAGCCCUCUCCUCUUAUACUGGUCAACCAUCGCUGCAAGAUGUUUCCAAGAUUGAGGAAAUAUUUUGGAAGCCAUACAUCGCCGCGAACGUCACUUCUCUCUCUCUCUCUUGCAUAAAUGACAUUCCCUUGUCAUUUUUUGCCAGUUGCGUCAAUUUGAGGGACUUGACAUUAUCUCGCAUCUCAACUGCAUCCACGAUUUCUGUCAAAACAGAGAAUUAUCCCAGCAUCCAAGCAUUGCAAUGCGCUUUUCCGAACCCAGCCAUAGCAAGUUUUUUGCGCGGUACAUCCGUCCACCCUCCCUGUGUCGAUUUCUCCCAGCUACGCACCUUGAAGACAACUUUAAACAAUUGGAAAGAGAUGCGAGAAGCCCAAGAACUGGUGAACAACUCAAGGUGCCUUGAAGAAAUAUACAUUUCCAAUACUGAAGUACUACGAUACCAUUCGCUUAGAGUUCUCCUCAAUUUACACGCGCUGAACUCCCUUCGUGUCUUCGAAAUCGGUCUGGUAUUCGCAGCGCCACGCAGGGAGGAAGAUGUCAUUUCCGAUCUGGCAGCCAUUUUAAGGUCGCUUCCCACCCAAAACAACCUGCGAAGAUUGGAAAUUAUCUGCUUCAUCGGGUACGACGACUUCCCGUUGCAGGAGGGCGAGGAAAAUGAAUCCCUGGAGAAGUACCUGGACGUCAAUUGGGCGGCACUUGAUAAAGAGAUACUACGAAUUCGCUUCAACACGUGUGGACGCGCUCCAGGUUUCGCUUGA